ACUUGUGAUAUCGUGACGCGGAAAUAUAAACUGAUGACCCACGAAAAAGUUAUUUUCCUUGACAGACAAAAGUGCAAGCUGAUCCUUCUUUCAAUCAAGCUGAUCAAGAACAUCUUCGAUUAACUUUGAUCCUUCUUUUUAGCAGCUUCAACAUGGAAACUGGCCAAGAAAAUCAUGAUGGCAUUCAAAUUGAGGAAAUCCCAGAUGAAUUUCAGUGCUGUGUUUGCCUGGAACUUUUGUAUAAACCAGUUGUGCUAGGGUGUGGACACAUUGCUUGUUUCUGGUGUAUAUUUAAAGCUAUGAAUACUUGGAGGGAAUCACACUGCCCGAUUUGUCAAAACCCGUAUCAUCAUUUUCCUGGUGUUUGUAAACUGAUGCACUCUUUGCUUGUAAAGUUGUACCCUUUAGCCAGUGCAAGAAGGGCAAAACAUGUGGCAGAGGAGGAGAAGAAAUUAGAAACUUAUUCACCUGAGUUUGGUGAUUAUUUAUCAGAAUCCAGUUGCAAGACAGAUCUUGUUCUGGACACUGCUUCAUCUCACUCUGUCCCUUCGCAGAAAUGUGGUUCAGCGGGGGAAGGAGAGCAUUCCUCUGUAGAUGUUUCAUUAGAUACAGUUGUUCCUGCAACAUCGAGCUCUGAAAGUGCAAGUGAAAAGCGGGUGCUUGUGACAGAUUUUCUUUGUGGUAUCUGCAAGCUAUUGUUAUGUCGACCUGUAGUUCUUAAUUGUGGCCAUGUUUACUGUGAAAAUUGUGUGAUCAAUCCUAGCGACAAGCUAUGUAGAUGUCCAGUUUGGGAACUGGAGCAUCCAAAUGGAUACCCCAACAUUUGCUUGGUUCUUGAGCACUACCUGGAAGAGCAAUUUCCUGAGUUGUAUGCAGAAAGGAAAAGGGCAUCAGUGGAAAGAUCUGAUCGUCAGACUCCAUCAACACGAGAUCAGGACGAAGCUGCUGGCUGCAAAUCACUACCUAGAAUUGAUCUUUCAGCAUGGCUGACGGGUGGAGGACCGCAGAUUCAUUUUGAAGUAGGUUGUGAUUAUUGUGGGAUGUGUCCUAUUGUUGGGGAACGAUACAAAUGCAAAGACUGCAAGGAGAAAAUAGGCUUUGACCUUUGUGAAGGUUGUUAUAAAAGCUCGUCAAAGCUCCCUGGAAGAUUUAAUCAGCAACAUACACCGGAACACCAAUUUGAGUUGGUACAGCCACUUCAAGUGAGAGAUGUAGUACUAAGGCUUCAACCUGAACGACUUGAAGAGGACGGCACCAUUGAUCCACUUGAAUAUCUCGAGGAUAGUUCCGUUGAGCAACAACACCUGGAAGAAGAUUCCUCAGAGACCAACUCACCUCGAGGAGCGGGGAACAUUUCCUCAAGUGGCACUGGAGAAGAUCAAGGAGGGAGAGAAUCUGCAGAGAGGAAUUAGUUAAAGUUCCUUGGUCAAUUGUGAGUCAUUAUCUUAAUCGUACUCGUUGAAUUAGGAAUUCAGGCCCUAACAGCACAGCACAUAUGGGAAUUGCUUUUCUAGUUCUACCUCUUUCGCAUAUGGUUUUUAAUGUAUCAUACUGUACAGCUUUAUAAGGAGUAUUAAAGUUACCGUUCGGUUGGACCUACCUGGAUUCAUAUCAUUAUCGAAAAGAAAGUUAUGCUUCAUGCAAUCUUCU